UCAGUAGCAAAAGUUGUGGAGCGCUUCGGGCUGUUGACAGAUUCGGAGCUUCUGCCCAAAACAGCAGCAGCAGCUCAGUAACUUUAUCCCGCAGCAGAAAUUCCAGCAGAGAGCAUGAAGGAGGAUAAGGAGAACACCCGACCCAGAGAGAAGAAGGUGGAGAUUAAAUGUGAGGACGGGGAGAAAUCAGAGAGGCCGAAUAAAGAGAAGAAGGAGACGAUGACAAAGAUCGUAAUUCGCCGUCUUCCGCCCAGUCUAACUAAAGAAGAGCUGGAAGAGCAACUGCAGCCUCUUCCAGAAGUGGAUUACCUGGAGUUCUUUUCUAGUGACACCAGCCUCUACCCUCACCUCUUUGCAAGAGCCUACCUAAAUUUCAAGAAUCAGGACGACAUUGUUCUUUUCAGAGAUCGGUUCGAUGGUUAUGUCUUCAUUGAUAGCCGAGGCCAAGAGUACCCUGCCAUCGUGGAGUUUGCCCCAUUCCAGAAGGUUGCUAAAAAGAGGAGUAAGAAGAAAGAUGCCAAAACUGGGACAAUUGAGGAAGAUGUAGAUUACAAGAAGUUUCUGGAGAUGUACAAUGGGGGUGAUGAUGAGAAGCUUUCUUCCACCCCUGAAACAUUGUUAGAAGAAAUAGAGGCCAAGACAAAGGAACUUUUUGCCAAGAAAACAACCCCUCUGUUGGACUUCCUUAAGAACAAACAGAGAAUUAGGGAGGAAAAGAAAGAGGAGAGGAGAAGGAGAGAGCUGGAGCGAAAACGCUUGCGAGAUGAAGAAAGGCGCAAAUGGAGAGAAGAAGAAAAAAGGAAACGCAAAGAGGCUGAAAAACUGAAAAAAGCAGAGAAAGUGCCUGAAAAGGACAAGGACCAAUCAAAGGAGGAGCAGCCAAAAAUCAAGCUGUUAAAGAAACCAGAGAGACCAGAGAAUGGGGAUAGUGAAAAGCCAAAAGAUAAGCCGAAGAAGCCGGACCGAGAAAAACUAAAGGACGACAGGCCUCCAGGUGGGGCGGAUGCAAAGAAACGUCAGAAUGGGGAACACAGAGAGGAUAAGCCAAGAAAGUUAGACGAUGAUGGACGUAAGGAGCACAGAGAUCGUGAUGCAGACAGAGACAGAGAUCGUGACAGAGAGAGGGAGCGGCGUCAAAAAGAGAAGGAGCGAAUCAGGAGACAGGACGAAGAGCGCCGGAGGAGGAGGGAGCGGCAUGAUGGAGAGAACACAUACAAAAAGAGAGAAGAUGAGGGGAAAAAAGAUAAGGAGCGUGUUUGGGAAAAGCGAAAGAAUGACAAUACUGGGGACUCCUCUGGUCACACUCAGUCUGACAAGUCUGAGAGGCCCUCUAAAGAUGGUAAAAAAGAAGACCAUGUUAAAAAGGAUCGAUUAAGAAACAAGGAUCGGCCUGCCAUUCAGCUAUACCAGCCAGGAGCCAGGAGCCGCAACAGAACAGGUACAGGAGAGAGCCAAGCUGGGGAUAAGAAGAUUGAGCGGGAGGCCAAGAAUACGCAAAAGGGGGAGGAGUGAGGAAAGGCCAAAAUGUUAGCAUGACACAAUUGAGGAGGAAUUCUGGUCAAAGCCAGGGCAAAUCAGCACCUGACGAGUACGGUGCUGCCAAAGCAAGUCGUUCCUGUCCUUCUCAAGCUCUCUGUCAGAGAGACAGAGGUAAAACCCUGUCACCCUACAGUGCCUGAACGAGCCCCCUUUCAUUUCUGUGUUUAAGAAAGACAAGGGACAGCUCUCACUCCCUGACUGAUGCUUAGAGUUGAGCAGAGGGUUUAGCAAGAGAAGCCAAAGUGAUUGGACCAUGAGUGACCAUGACUCAAAAGUGACCUUACUCCUGGUACACAGCCAAACUUAUUGUACUUCACUGCUGUUCAGCUUUUCUGGUAUGCAAGGCUUCUGCUUCUGUUUGUUUAAUUUGCCCAUGCUUCUGCAGAUACAGUAGUUUUAGAAAGGAUUCUUGUUUUAUUUCACUGAAUCAGUUCCUUCUUAAUUGUUUUGCGAUUCACUCGGUUCACAAGUUACUCCUUCAAUAUAUAGUUUACACCACUGGUGUAGAGUUUGUUUGGAUGAUUUAAGGAUUGAUUUUUUUCAAACUAUCCUUUAAAUUGUACAUGGAAUAUGAGCCAUGCACUAAGGUGUGAUUUGGUGACAUUCCUUUGCCACAAUCAGUUUUUUUUUUUGUUUUUUUUUAAAGCUGAUGCUUGGUUGGAAUUUGUUUGAAAAAUCUUGUUAAAUUUGUGAGUGGCCUUCCCUAUUUUUGCAAUAAAGCUUUACCCAACAAAGAAA